AAUCAGUUUGUGUUUAUUGAAGUAAUCGGUACUUAAGUCUUAAAUUACACAAACCUCUUCUACCACGUUGCUUAACGAAGCUGAUAAAACUAAAAUCGCAAUCAUCAUUAUUAAUACUUUCAAAUCAUAUCAACAAUCGCAAUUUCAAGAUUUUGAUCUCGCUCCACUUCAGCUUGAUUAGGUUGUUGUGGUGAUUGUAUUGGAGAUAUGAGUCAAAGGGGUUUGAUAUAUAGCUUUGUUGCAAAAGGAACUGUUGUUUUAGCAGAACAUACUCAAUAUACUGGAAAUUUCAGUACUAUUGCUGUUCAGUGUUUGAACAAGCUUCCUUCAAAUAGCACCAAAUACACAUAUUCAUGUGAUGGUCACACCUUUAAUUUCCUCUUAGACAAUGGAUUCGUUUUCCUUGUUGUUGCUGAUGAAUCGAUUGGAAGGAGUGUUCCUUUUGUAUUUCUGGAACGGGUGAAGGAUGACUUUAAGCAGCGGUAUGGUGCUAGUAUUAAGAGUGCAAGUGACCAUCCACUUGCUGAUGAUGAUGAGGACGAUGAUUUGUUUGAAGAUAGAUUUAGCAUUGCUUAUAAUCUUGAUAGAGAAUUUGGGCCAAGUCUUAAGGGGCAUAUGCAGUAUUGUUUGACCCAUCCUGAAGAAAUGAGUAAACUAUCAAAAUUGAAGGCUCAGAUAACUGAGGUCAAGGGGAUAAUGAUGGAUAAUAUUGAGAAGGUUUUGGAUCGUGGAGAGAAGAUUGAACUUCUUGUGGAUAAAACUGAGAACUUGCAGUUCCAGGCUGACAGCUUCCAGAGGCAGGGCAGGCAGCUGAGAAGGAAGAUGUGGCUGCAAAAUCUCCAAAUGAAGCUGAUGGUGGGAGGAGGGAUCCUUAUUUUAGUUAUAAUAUUAUGGGUUAUUGCUUGUGGGGGUUUCAAAUGUUGAUUGAGGUAUAAGAAAUUGAAGUCUGUAUUUUGGCACAUAAGGGAUGUAGAAACUGAUUAAUAUAUUCCAUUUGUACAUUGAAUUUGGUGCAUGGAAUUUAUGGUUACUCUUAUUGACUAAGCUUUGUUGUAAAUGGCUGGUUACUUACUUUGAAUCAAGCACUUACUUUAGCUCACAUAAAUUGGGGUUGUUGUGUAUAUACUAAUUCAUAAUGCUUUUUUA